AUGGCCGAAAUUCUUCUUCGUCGCUCCAAGAACAGCGGGUUCCUAGACUCUAUCGUUACAUCAGAUGAGAAAUGGAUCUGCUUCGACAACGCAACGCGAAAAAGACGAAGGUUAGACGCCGGUGACACUCCAAACCCUACUCCGAAAGCGAAUAUACACGACAAAAAGGUGAUGCUCUGUGUCUGGUGGAACAGCAAAGGUUUGAUGUGCUUUGAGGUUUUUGAUUCGGGUCAAACAGCUACGAUGAACAUCUACAAAGAUCAAUUGAACCGCGUGGAUCAAACACUAUUCCGUCAAGGUUUCCAAACGACAUCAACCGCUCGUCCACAUGUCGCGAAAAAUACUUUGGAAAAAAUUAAGGAACUGGGCUGGGAGGUCCUGGCUAUCCGCCAUACAGCUCAGACCUGCCUCAGUCCGAUUGCCAUAUGUUCCGGUCGAUGCAGCACCCUCUGGCCUAGAGAAGGUUCACAACCCGCGAAGAAGUCAAACUCUGGGUGUCCAAUUAUUAUGCUUUGA